CGUUCUAUUCCCUUUAGUAUACUGUAUCAAGUGUGUGCGUUUCUUGACGAUAUUCUCUGCGCGUAGCUCGUUAGGUACGAUCUAUCAUCGCUCCCUGCCUCCAAGUUAUUGUGUAAGGCUCUGAUGAUGGUGCGUACGAAUCGAAACACGGCCUCAAUCGGACUUACCACACUCUACGAGCCCGAGGAUGCACUGAUCGACAUCGUCUUUAUCCACGGCUUCAACGGCCAUCCCGAACGGACAUGGACAUACAAGCGGGCAGAUGCCGACCCCCCAAAUCAUUCCAAUGAUCCCGAACUCCCUGAACGUCCGUCCAAGUUUCGAAAACUCAAUCCCUUCAGCAAGGACCAGGAGAGAAACAGCUGCCCCCCGAAGGAAACAUAUUGGCCCCGAGACCUUCUUCCCCACACUGUCAAGAAGGCUCGGGUCCUGACAUUCGGCUACGACACAACGGUGCAUCACAGGUUCGGGCAAACGAGGAACCGCAAUACCAUCUACGACUUUGCCUGGGAAUUUCUGAACUGCCUUAGCGAUGCUCGCCAGUCAGAUGGGCAAAGUCGGCGUCCGCUUCUCUUCGUCGCUCAUAGUCUCGGUGGGAUCAUUACGAAGGAGGCCCUGCGGCAGGCCAACUUAAAAAGCGCGCACGAGUCCUGUGCACAUCUCAGGGAUAUCUUCUUGUCCACCUCGGGCAUCAUUUUCUUUGGUACACCACACCGAGGAGCAGAUCCAAGAGGUUUUCUUCAGCAUGUUGCUGAAAGAGCUGUUCGUGCUGCGGGGUUCACGGUCAACCAGAAGGUCUUUGAUACACUUUUGCCCGACUCAGAGCGCCUGAAGGAACUCCUUGAUGAGUUUCCUCUACUUGUUAGUAAGAUGAAGUGGAACAUUGUCUCUUUUAGAGAGAUGCAUGGUAUGGCAGUCCUAGGCGGUAAAAAGGUUGUUGACGAUGCAUCAUCUUGUCUUGGUGAUUUCAACCUAGAGAUUGUCAGAGACAUAGAGAGUGAUCAUAGGGAUAUGUGUCGAUUCUCUGGUCUUAACGACCCUCGAUAUAACAAGGUUGCGGCGGCUAUCCACCGUAUUGUACAACCUUCACUUGGGGAAUUGAAUAAAGAAAUAUGUGUCGAGGAGUCUAGGUCGAGGCCGAGAGCAAUGACUCCUGAACCUAAGACUCCUGAACCAAAGACUCCUGAACCAAAGACUCCUGGACUAACGACCCCUGGACCCGCGACUCCUGGAACAACAACUUCCGAAACCAAGGACGAUGGCAAAAUACUUUCUGAGGCUCAGCAGAAAGAAAUGAUGGACCGAUUACGCUUUCAGCAAAUGGACGCCCGUCUAUUAACACUCAAGACAGCACAAGCAAAAACCUGUCGUUGGCUACUCAAGAACGGAAACUACAAGGAUUGGAUCAAUACGACGAAGAUCAAAGAGCACCACGGCUUCUUUUGGAUUAAGGGCAAGCCUGGAACUGGAAAAUCUAUUAUGAUGAAGUUUCUAUUUUGGGAGGCAAAGAAGUCCAUGAAGGGCUCGAUUGUCAUGUCGUUCUUUUUCAACGCUCGAGGUGGAGACCUCGAGAAGUCGACUACUGGAUUAUAUCGUGCGCUGCUUUUGCAGCUCUUAGAGAAAGCUCCGGAAACUCGCCACGUCCUCGACUACUACGGAACGUCUGGGUUUAAUGCCAUUAAGGAGGCUAGUGAUUGGCCUGAUGAAAUGCUCAAAGAGGCGUUUACUCGAGCUCUCGAGAAACUAGGAGAUCAGCGAAUCGUUUGUUAUAUUGAUGCCCUAGAUGAAUGCCCCGAGGAUGAUGUCCGUGAUAUGAUAUCGUUCUUUGAAGGACUUGGGGAUCUUGAGAAAGCAGUGGAAUUCCGCGUUUGUUUUUCGAGCCGCCAUUAUCCGGAAAUCAGCAUCCGAACUGGUCUCCAGCUUGUCCUUGAAUCAGAGCAGGAUCACAAAAACGACAUCAUUCUCUACAUCGAUACCCACCUUAAAAUCGGCACAACUACUCAAGCUGAGGACAUCAAGGCACAGAUUUUAAAAAAAUCUUCAAACAUCUUUCUUUGGGUUGUAUUGGUCAUUCCUAUCCUGAACAAGGAAUACGAUCGUGGGAGGAUUAAGGCUCUGAAGAAAAGACUUGGGGAGAUCCCUGCCGGGCUGCACGAAUUGUUCCUCGAUAUACUAACGAGGGACCAUAAGAACAUCGGUGAACUCCUGGUUUGCAUUCAGGCUAUACUAUUCGCCGCACGACCAUUUAGACCAGAUGAACUCCGGAUCGCAGUCGAAGCAGGUAACGAGGACGAUCCUACAGAUGGGCCAUGUGAUCCGGCUCAGAUGACGGCCGACAAUUUGAGGAGAUUUGUAUUAGAUGCUUCUAAAGGGUUGGCAGAAAUCACCAAAUCCAAAGAGCCAACUGUCCAGUUUAUACACGAGUCGGUACGCGACUUUCUGCUUAAGGAUGGAGGACUGAAGAAACUACUUCCUACUGCGAAGAAUUUUGAGGGACAAGGGCAUGACACUCUCAAGAGAAUUUGCUCACUCCAGCUUUCGCUAUAUACUGCACGACUGGCCUUAUUUACUGAACGAGUGUCAGUAAGGGGCGAGAACCCCUUACUUUGGGCCAAGGAAUACCCAUUGUUACAAUAUGCAGUAGAUCAUAUCUACUUUCACGCGAAUUGGGCACAAAAACAGGGUCUAGAUCAGACUGUGUUCCUCGAGACUUUCAAUACUCGAGAGUGGCUGCGGGCACGUAACGCUUCUCACAAGACGCUGCUACCAUCGGAAACCUGGCACAAUCGCCCUCACCUCUUGUACUUUCUCGGCGAAUAUGGUUGUGCUGAUCUUAUUGGAAUCCACCCCGAGAGAGACCAGCACCUUUCAUUAGAAUGGGGACCUUUUGGAUAUCCUAUAGUAGCAGCUCUAUAUGGUGGCCAUAGUGCUGCUGCUCGCGCAUUUGUAAACCUCCCUCAACUGCAUGAUGAGACCUCAGCGAAUCCAGCGCAACCGAUAUCUCGCCGCAGUUUUACGAGGAAGAAGGGAGGCUUUAAUAAGAUACGGCAUGUCAUCUCCUUCCUAUGCCAAUUCGGCGAUGUGGACAUUUUGAGGGUAGUGCUGGAAUCUAGCCUUCCCGGAGCUAAGCAAAACCUAGGGGUUUUGCUUAGCUCCCAGGACACUAUGUGGGAGUGCUUACAAUACGCCUCAUCAGAAGCGAUUGUAGACAUGCUUAUGGAAUUCAACACUGCUUACAUUGGGAUCACUGAAAUCAUUGGUCACAAAAAGCCGCUCAAUCUAUUAAAUAACGGCGAGGAGCCGACUCUCUCGAAAUUUCCACAUCUGGAAUUAGCCCUGAAAAAGCACCCUCCCCUAAUAAAUAAGGGUGGAUUCUGGGGUAAUUCUAUAAACCUGUUGAGCUAUGCGGCCAAGAGAGGGUUCGAAGAUAUCUCGAAGCUCUGCAUAAAAGAUACAUAUGCCUGUAAUAUAUCAAAUGCCCUACGGUGCGCGGUCCGUGGACGUAUUAACCACAGCAGUCGAUUGGUAAUCAUUGAAAUUUUGCUAGAUGUCGGAGUAGACCUAAGGGCUGGCGAAAAUCAGAAUAUUGACGGAUUGAUCUUCGACGCAAUGAUGCAAACUCACAACGAGGAGGUCGUCGCUUUACUGUUAUCCACAUCAUCCUUGGAUCUAGAGGCUAAUAGGCAAGGUUUGACGCCACUCCUCUGGGCAAUUCAAGAAUCGCGAAAGACAUUUGUCAAAAUGCUCUUGGAGGCUGGCUCGGACCCUAUGGCACGUACUCCAAAUGGAACCACAGCCUUGACUCUCGCCGUGAAGUUAUCCGAUCUCAGCUCAUUUCGAUGCAUGCUUAGCAAUCCAAAGUGUGAGGUCGACGCUCGAGAUGACAAUGGGCGGACAGCCCUAUCUUGGUGUGCGACAGUGGCAGAUAAAACUGCUAUAGCAAUGGUCUCGGACCUCAUCAAACUACAGAGCGUGGAUCCAAAUUCAAGGGACUAUUCUGGCCAGACUGUAUUAAUACGAGCAGUACGGUCUGGCAACCCUGAGCUGGUCGAGGCACUGCUCAAUUCGCCUAGAAUUGAUCCAGACCUUCCGGCAAACAGGGGCUCAACUCCACUGAUGCUCGCCAUUAAAUUUUCUCGUGAUUAUGGCUGCAAUCGAGUGUUCUGGGAAAUAUCACGAAUGCUCCUCUUGACAGGGAAGGUUGAUAUUGAUCGUUAUAAUAGGCGCACUACACUUCAUUCACUUGCUGAAUAUUAUGGAACAGUCGAGCUGGUAAGAUUAGUGGAAUGCUUCUAUCGAUGUAGCGGAAGUCAAAUGGACGAAUUGAAGGACUUGGAGUGGGAUGGCAAGGAAAUGCCACAAACUCUGCAGUAGACCACGGGAAACUCGAGGGAUUCCACACUUGUUAUAUCAAUUCCGCUUGGUGGACCACAAACCCAUCUUGGCCUGCCACCUAAGUCAUUUCUGACGCUAUCAUGGUAAAUACUAGGAUCUGUGCAACACUCUGUGUACCAUUUUAAUCGUCACUAGCGAGAGAUUUUACAUCUGCGGAUAGUUGAACAGUUUAAAUGUGUCACAGUACCUAGCCAGCUCCAGCUGGGUAUAGUAUGCGACGGCUGCCCCACCGCUAAAACAGUAUGAGAAUGAAUCAAAUAUCUCAGCAUUUCUCAUACAAAAACUGGUGGCGUGUGCCAAAGCACAGACUUUAGUAUUUCCCACCCGAACUGCCCAUAUUCUGUGAUGCAGCCCUGAGGUCUAAUAAUUAAAUAUCUAAUACUUGCAUACAAUCAGAUCUAGACAUGCAACAAAGACCGCCCGUGUCUUCGCCUAUCGAGUUGAAUAUUGCUGAAUCCUAAUGGGGGGUAUAUUGUAGUGUUGGGACACGGAUCCGUUCGGGGUGUCGAUUCAAGCGAAAUUUGUGAUAUUCGGUAUAGACCCAGCCAGAUUUAUGGCUGUAUCAGAGUCUGGGUGGACGAAGAAUGCAAUGGCAAUAGUAACAUAGCUGAGAACGAAAUCAUUAUUAGGCUAGCCAAGGAAAGAAGAGGGUGGCGAGGUACUUACGUGCCGAUCAAAAGCACACCUUCAAAGUAAUUGGUCUGUCCGUCACGAACCAGGCAGUUCACUAUGAGGACUGACAUGGUGAGAGCAAUGGUUUCGAAGGUGUCGAACUGCAAUGUCAUGUCUUUCCCAAUGAUCCAACCUACUAUCACCAAGAACGGGGUAACGAACAGUGAUAUCUGUAACGUACUCCCCACAAUGACGGAAACUGCAAGGUUUAUCUUACCAGUCCUGGACCAUUUAACCGUGGCGACGUAGCAUCCCGCAUUCCCAACGAUGGGCACGAUGAUGAGACCGAUAAAGCUGCGACUGACACCUAACGCCUCGACGAAGCCGUCGACACUGUCGAUGAGAUAAUCGGAGCAGACCGCCACACCGACAGUCGCAAGAAUAAGAACCGUGCUGCUAGACCAGGUGCUCAACUUGUCGCUUUGCUCGUCCUCUUCCUCUUCAGUGAAGAGAUGACUGUGGGUAUAAGACUGGAAGAAUAAAUACAGCAGGUAAAAUAUGAGGAGGAUUAUGGAUGUGGUGCGGGAUAAGUUCAAGAUAUAAUCGUUUGGAUUAUGGUUGGAGUCAUUAGACCCGGGAUUGGCGAUAUAGAGAGCGGACGGAAUGAUGAGAGAGGAGCACGAAAUGAUCAUCAACGACGUGAGAAUGCCGGCAAUGUCAAUGUUGAUGUCAACCGUUUGCUUUCCCACUCCGACACAAAAAAAAGAUGUACCAAGAAUCUAGAGACAGGUGUCAGCGCGGAUUGGGAGUGACCAAAGCAGUGGAGGGAAGCCUUACAAGCAAGAUGGAUGAUAGAAUACUGCCGAUCAUACUCGACUGCACAAUGCUUAUUUCCCCCUCCUUGAGAGCACUUAUGCCAACCUGAAGAGACAAAGUCAGCGACGAAGGAGUCAUGGGUUUCUGGUGAAGGAGUCUGCGUAGGGGCAAGAAAGCAUACUAUCAUUUCCACGGCAUUGCCAAACGUGGCAUUGAUCAAUCCACCAAUGACCGAGCCAAACUCGGCUGCCAGUUGCUCAGUCGAGAAGGUCAAUAUGGAGGCGAGCGGGAACAUGGCCAGGAAGUUGAGAGUAAACACGGCGGCGGGGCUCCAGCCGUGUUCAGCGGCAUAUAUACCGAGAGGUACGCAGACGAGAAGGACAUUUGAAUAGCUGUACCGGAUCGUAGCACUCAGCGCGUGCCAUGCCUCACGAGAAACGCGCAAGGACACAUGUUGUCGAUUUCCCCCCGAAACUGGCUGCCACUGGCUGGUCUGGUCUUGAUCUUGAGCGUGCCGCUGUCCAUUGAGCAGAGGCAUCGUGUCGGUCGGGGGCGACGGCGAUUGCGCUUGGAUGGGCGACGCGGGAUUAGCCAUGGCACAAAAUUGCAGUGAUCAAGAGGUCUCAAAGCCCUUGGGAAGCAGUGCUGAGCAAUUGCGAUAGUUCACAACGCAGGAGGAGA